CCAGUACGCGGUUGCGGCACUCGAGACCGUUUCAGCCCCAGCGGCCAUCUUUUCUAAGAGCAAUGUGCUCUGCCUUCUGCUACUUCAAUCUUGCUGUUAUUCGGGCUGUCUUGGUUCUUUUGCCAAUCUCCUCAUUUCUGAUUCGAUUACACAGGGAAACUCCGAAUAUAGCCCUCUCUAUUGCUCUUUAAUGGGUUUAUUUAUUGAAGAAAAUUAUUUAUUUUGUUUAUUUAUUUAGUUUAUUUGAUUUGGCGAAUGGACUUCGUUCCCUUUGCUUUUGUAAUAAGCAAAUGAAACACAGUAACGUCAGUAACACAGAUGUCAAGUGUCAGUUUCCACGUGGGGUCAGCUUAGAUUGAGUCUGGUGUUAAAUUUGAAUUAACUUUGAUUCUAGUUGCAUUUAUUAAUUAAAUUUAUAGCAAUGGUAAAAGUUAAGAAACCUUCCAAAGUAAAACAACGAAUCACUGAACCCGUAACUAAAGAUGAAAAUGUACCUUUACCUCCAGUACGAAUGUCUAGUGAUCCUGCACCCAAACAGGUGAAAUGGAUAAACAGACAGAGGGUACUCGUCUUUGCGAUGAGAGGUAUCAAUCAUCGUCACAGGCAUUUAAUGGAAGAUAUUAAGAAAUUAAUGCCACAUCAUAAGACAGAGUCCAAAAUGGAGAGAAGCAAAAACUUGUAUGUUGUUAAUGAAAUUAGCGAGAUGAAAAACUGCAACAAAUGCAUUUUAUUUGAAGGAAGAAAGAUGAGGGAUUUAUAUAUGUGGAUAUCUAAUAUACCCAAUGGACCAAGUGCUAAAUUUUUGGUGGAAAACAUUUAUACUAUGGGGGAACUGAAAAUGACUGGCAAUUGUUUGAGAGGAUCUAGGCCUUUGUUAUCUUUCGAUCCACAGUUUACAAAAGAUCCUCACUACUGCUUACUGAAAGAAUUACUGGUACAAAUUUUUGGUGUACCUAAUUAUCAUCCAAAAAGUCAACCAUUUUUCGAUCAUGUGUAUACCUUUAUGGUAUUAGAUAACAGAAUUUGGUUCAGAAAUUAUCAGAUUCUGUCUGAAGAUGGUGCUUUAGCUGAAAUAGGACCACGAUUUGUAUUGAAUCCUGUCAAGAUAUUCUCAGGAUCGUUUGGUGGUGCAACAUUAUGGGAAAAUCCUAAAUACAUUAGUCCUGCCAAACUAAGACAGGCUUAUUCUAGAAAAGCAGGUAACAAAUAUGAAAACAGGAUCGAAAAGAAGGCCUUGUAUGAAGCAACAAAACCUGAAACAGGCUACCCUGAUAUAGAAGGUGCAGAUUUCUUCAAAGGAAAUCCAAUAGAAAAGGCAAAGGAAGUGAUUAUAAAAGAGGAAAUUGAAAACGAGACUUCUGUAGCAGAGGGUAGAUUUGUGAAGAAGCCAGUAUUUUCUAUAAAAUCAUCUAACCGUCCUGAUAAGGUUAUCAGAAGGAAACAAUUGAAAGCUAAAAGCAAACUUAUUUCUGAUCAAAUAAAGAAACGAAAACAAUUUAAAAAGAAAAAACCUUCUAAAAUGUAAAUUUUUAUUAUUUUAUAAAAUAAAGCACAUUUUCACACA